AUGCAAAAAAUUCAACGGGAUGCUCUUCAUGAAAAUGUGAUGGCCAUCGGAGCCUUGAAAGAUAUUUUGAAAAGUUCGUUGGGACCCAAUGCGAGAAGUAAAUUAAUUGUGGAUCCUCAUAAAAGAGUAACUGUCAGCCAAGAUGGAGUGUUUCUACUGAAACAAUUAAAUGUGCAGCAAGCUGCAGCUAGUAUUUUAGUAGAAGCAGUCCUAUCACUGGAUAAGUUUAUUGGGGAUGGAACAACGAGCACAGCUCUAUUAGCAUGUUCUUUGAUUGAGCAAGCAUAUGCAAAGCAUAGAAAAGAAAAUUUUCCAAUGAAAUAUAUUUUGCAAGGAUAUGAUUUAUGCUUGGAAUUUAUAAAGUCGGAAAUUUUACCGAAAGCUGCCAUUGUUUUGGAGGCUGACUUUGAGGAAAAUAGAAAAAAGAAUAUUUUAACCAUUGUUAAUUCUGCUCUCUCGUCGAAAACGGCAGUUCACAUUCAUGCCAAAUAUUUGGCAACUUUAUUGACUGAUUCAAUAAUGAGUGUUAUGGAUGGAAAUAAUUUUGAUAUGAAAAAUAUCAUGCUUUUGAAAAUGCCAGGUCUUUUUGGAACAACAGAAUGUCUUCCAAAAACUAUUAUUAUUCCGUCAACUUCUGUGACGUCCACCGAAACUCUACCUGCGAGAGAGACUCCAUAUAAAUUAUUGGUCAUUAACGGACCCUUGCAGAGGCAGCGUACGAAAACAAAACAUUAUGCUAUUCUCGAUACUGUGGAAAAUCUUGAAAAGUGGAAGGUUGAUGAAGAGAUGGUUUUCAAAAGAAUGGCAGAAACCAUUAAAUCUAUUCAUGCUGACAUUGUCAUUUGUAAAGGAGUGGUUCAUGACCUUGUUUCACAUUAUUUACAAUCAUUUGGAAUUUUAUGUCUGGAAAAUGUGUCCCAAGAGCUUUGUCAAUUCACAUGCAAAACACUCAAUAUUCAAUAUGUUCAAUCGAUUGAAGAGUUACAAAAUGAAUGUAGUAUGAUGGAUGUGACCUUACUUGACAAUGAGAAUAAUAGCAUUUCUCAAAACUAUUUAGGACUAGUAGAGUCAUGUGAAUUCUUUCGAAUGAAUGGAGGUCUCUCCCAUCAUCAAGUACUCUCGACCUUAAUUAAGUCCUUUAGGAAUACAUUGAAUGGGAAGCAACAUGAUAAACCUACUACCUGUACGACUAUCAUUCGUGGAAGUACCAUCGAGCAAUGUGAAGAAUUUGUUCGUCAUGCUCAAGAUGCCCUCUAUACCUGUAUGGUCACGCUCACAGAAUGCAGUAGCAACAAAUCGAGCCAAUCAAAUACGGUUACACAUGACCAAUUGUCAGCAACGCAACGUAUAUUUGUCACAGGAGGUGGCUCAAUUGAAUUAUAUUGUAUGUGGCAGUUAGAACAGAAAUUGUUACUUGAAAAACAGCGCCAACAAUUUUUAGAGGUCGCUGGAAUUGAAAGUUUUAUUAAGGCUUUGAGGGUUAUACCAGAAACAUUGUGUAUGAAUGCAGGCUUGCAGCCCGAACAAACGAUUCGCAAUGCGAUUCGAAAGCAGAAAGAUUCACAAUGCUCACACUUUGGCAUUCCAGCACGCCAAGUUCUUGAUAUGGAUCAAUUUGAAGCUCUCCUUGGAGAUCCAUCAGUGUUUCAUCAAGACAAUAUGCUGCAGAUGGAAAUUUAUGACUCAAUAUUCACCAAGCGAGCCAUGUUUGAGACGUCAAUUGAAAUUGCAAAAAAUAUUCUCGUGGUGUCUGGGAUUAUUUUCUACCAUUACCCGUAG